UCUCUUGGUGACGGACGGGGAGGGGACACCCAUGGAACUGCAGGUCGCCGGCAGAUUUUAACGGAUUCUUUUUCGGGGUGGGGGCUUCUUUCGUUGUUUUUAUUAUUAUUAUCCCCCCCCCCUUUUCGGGCACUUUCUCAGAAGAUUUUUCCCCCUGACGCUGCCGCCCAGAUGUUAGUUCACACGUAUUCGACCAUGGACCGCUCGGACGGACUCAACGGCAGCUCGGCCGGCGGGCGCCUGUCGCAGCUCUCCUCGCUGAACCAAGCCGGGGCCUAUUCCUCCGCCCCGCCGCUGUGCCACACGCCGGCCUCGGACUUCCAGCCGCCCUACUUCCCGCCGCCGUACCCGCAGCCGCCGCUGCCCUACGCGCAGAGCCAGGAGGCCGGCUACCCGCACCUGGGCGACCCCUACGGCGCCAUCAACCCCAUCCACCAGCACCAGCAGGCGGGCUGGCACUCGCAGCGGGCGCGCCAGGAGGAAGCCGCCGCCGCCGGCCUCCUCUCGCAGACGCACCGCGCGCUCGGCCUGGACCCGCGCCGGGACUACCACCCCGGCGUGCCGCGCCUGCUCCACGGCCUGGCCGACGGCGCGCACGCCCUGGCCGACGGCCCGCUGGGCCUGCACGCGCUGGGCCACCCCAGCCUCGAGGACAUCCAGGCUGUGGAUGAAACUGGCAUGAAUCUUUUGGAUCAGUCUGUGAUCAAGAAAGUGCCCAUUCCCUCGAAAGCCAAUGGCACCACCAUCUCUGCUCUGACGAUGAACAAGGACACCCUGAUCGGAGGAGUGACCAAUCCCAAUGAGGUCUUCUGCUCUGUGCCAGGCCGCCUCUCCCUCCUCAGCUCCACCUCAAAGUACAAAGUGACCGUCGGCGAGGUCCAGCGGCGGCUCUCGCCCCCUGAGUGUCUCAAUGCCUCCCUUCUAGGCGGAGUCCUCCGGAGGGCAAAAUCGAAAAACGGAGGGAGAUGUUUAAGGGAAAGAUUGGAGAAGAUUGGUUUAAACUUACCCGCAGGGAGACGCAAAGCGGCGAAUGUUACCUUGUUAACGUCCCUGGUGGAAGGAGAAGCUGUUCACCUUGCUCGAGAUUUUGGAUAUGUAUGUGAAACAGAGUUCCCAGCUAAGGCCGCAGCAGAAUACCUCUGCCGCCAGCACGCAGAUCCUGGUGAACUUCAUGCCCGGAAGAACAUGCUACUAGCAACUAAGCAAAUCUGCAAAGAAUUUGCUGAUCUGAUGGCUCAGGAUCGCUCUCCGCUUGGAAACAGCCGCCCAUCGCUCAUCUUGGAUCCUGGUGUUCAAAGUUGCUUGACCCACUUCAGCUUAAUAACUCAUGGUUUUGGGGGGCCAGCCAUCUGUGCCGCUCUGACGGCAUUCCAGAACUACUUGGUAGAGUCGCUCAAAGGGCUGGAUAAAAUGUUCAUGAACAGCACAGGGAAUGGCCACUCAGUCGGUGACUCCAAAAACUCAGAAAAAGAAGUGAAACAUCGGAAAUAGCCUCCAGAGUUUUUCAGCCUGCUCCGGUAAGAGGGCCCUUCCGCUCCCCGGAUCAUGAAAUAGGAGGCUUGUUCUUAUCAAUGUUGGGGGGGGGGAGCUAAUUAAGAACCACCCUCCUGCCAUGGUUCCUCAAACUGUGACAGAUAUCUCUCAAAAAUCAAGUAAACACAAAAUAAAGACUGAAGAAAAACAUCCAAGAGGACUUCACUACAACGGAAGCCAAUCUAGACGCGUUGAUGAGUUUCUGUUGACAAUUUUGAUUUGUGUAUGUGGAUACUGAAAGCCAGCUCAACAUGUGCAAUUACUCCUUUUUUCAUAUUUUUCUUUUCAAAACCCAUAAUCACAAAACUAUGGAGGUGUUUCUGAAGGCCCGGCCAAACCAUACCAAAACAAAGAGGUCUUGGUGGAAUCAAGAGCAACCAAGAGUCCAUGGAUUUUGAGCUGUCUCAUUGAACAGAUCUGGAGGGGUCAUAGAGAGGGAGUGAUAUGCUGUUGUGUUCUUCGACCAAGGAAAGAGUAACCUUGCCAGCGGUGCUGCUCUUGAGUGGCUCUGGGACUUUGUUUACAGAUUUUGGAAGUCACUGUGGAUUUUCUCUAGGUUUUAAGUGGGGGACAGAUACCUAAAUUUUGGUAGUGUUUCCCGCAAGGAAAACUUGCAAGCCCUCCAUUAUAUUCUCUGGCCAAGACACCAAGAUAACUGAGAUUUUACAAUUCACCGCCUUACCUCCCAGGUUUUCAAAACAUUAGUAAUAAUAUUAAAUAAGGAAUAAAGAAUAAUAAAUUAAUAAAUGAUUAAAGCACAAGGAGCAGAACUUGAAGGAGGCCAAACUCGAACUGUUUUGAAAUCUGUAUAUAUUUAUUUAUGUGUAAUUAAAUCAAAAAAGUUUUAAAAUGUCCAGUGCGCGUUAUUUAUAUUCAAUUAAGUUGGGAAUU